ACAGCGUGCAGUCAAACACGAGCCGAGACAGUAUCGUAGCGACAAGUAUCGGAGCAGUGCGAGAGAGAAACCACUCGAAAUCUCUGUGGAUUACUACCGCCAUAUUCUCUGGAAUUAUAUUAUUUGGGGGAAUUUCUAUUUCUGGAUUAUAACAUAAUUUAAUGACAAACAUGACUCUGGAGGAAGUUGUUGGAUGCAGCAGCACUGACAGAAAAAUGGAAACAGUAAGUGAAGCUCUCGAGGAGCUGCUAGUGGCUGCACAACGACAAAACUGUCUGACAGUUGGAGUCUACGAGUCUGCACAACUCAUGAAUGUGGAUCCAGACAGCGUGGUCCUCUGCGUUUUAGCGACUGAUGAGGAGGACGAAAAUGAUGUUGCGCUUCAGAUCCACUUCACGCUCAUCCAAGCCUUCUGCUGUGACAUCGACAUCAACAUUGUGCGCGUCUCCGGCAUGAGGCGUUUGGCACAGGUCCUCGGGGAGCCUCUCUCCACUGACAGCAACGCCAAUGAACCAAGAGACCUCCACUGCAUACUUGUAACUAACCCACAAGCCGAGCAUCUGAAGCUGAAGGAGGUGGGAAGUUACUGCAAGGAAAGCCGUUGCAGGAACCAGUGGGUGCCCUCCAUUGCCCUGCAAGAGCGCUGAGAUAUAUUCUGCACUGAAACGUGCUGAAGAUAAAAGGAAUAUUGAUGUCGUCCUUCAGCUGCCACGAGGACACACUCAUCAGUUCAAGGGGACUGUCUAAUAGUCCGUUCCAGAGCUUCCACCUCCAUGUUUAUGGAAUUCGAAGUGUCAGAGGAUACUAGAGACAUUGGUCCAUGUUCCUCAUAAUGCAUGAUUGGUGUUAUCGCCCUUUGGAAGGACCGAACGAGCACCAGGGUGGUUGUGGACUGGGUUGUACCUCUAAAGGGAUGCAGCAAGGAUGCUGGGGUUGUUUCCGGGCGCCGGCGUAUGGCCGCACUUUGCACUCCACGAGGGGGGUGAAUGAAUAACACGUGACUCAGACCUGACAAUACUGUGAUGGGUCUACAGAGGAAAAGUCAAUAAGAGACUGCUAUUCAAGGACUGAAUUUGUAUUACCAUAAUUUUUAUUUAUGCACAACACUGAUGUCAUUCAAAACAAAUAAUAUAUUUGGUAAUUUAUGAAUUUACAAAUGUGUACUUUUUCUUAUGAAAUAAAUUUUAUGCUUAAUUGUUCAAAAAAA